CGUCCCCAGAUGGUGAAGGAGAAGAUCGAGGGCUGUCACGUGUGUACACUUGUAACCCCUGGGGAACCCCAGGUGUUGCUGGGUAAAGACAAGGCCUUUGACGGAGCCACGUACGACUUUGUGUUCGACAUCGACUCGGCACAGAAACAGAUCUAUGCUGCUUGCGUCCACAAACUCAUCGAGGGCUGCUUCGAUGGAUAUAACGCUACUGUGUUCGCCUACGGACAGACGGGCUCAGGGAAGACGUACACCAUGGGGACGGGGUUCGAUGUGCAGGAGGAGGAGGAGGAGCGGGGCAUUGUUCCACGGGCUGUUCACCAUCUGUUCCUGGGCAUCCAGGAGAGGAAGACACAGGCCCGGCAGCAGGGCACACACCCCCCUGAGUUUAAAGUCAGUGCACAGUUCCUGGAGCUGUAUAACGAGGAGAUCCUAGAUCUGUUUGACGGAGCCAGAGACCCAGACUGUAAGAACAGGAAGUCUAAUAUUAAGAUCCACGAGGACGGCAGCGGCUCCAUCUACACCAGUGGAGUCACCUCACGACUCGUCAACUCUGAGGAAGAGCUGUUAGAAUGUCUGAAGUUGGGAGCGUUGUCCCGGACCACGGCCAGCACCCAGAUGAAUGCUUCCAGUUCCAGGUCUCACGCCAUCUUCACCAUCAACCUCUGUCAGAUGAGAGUCUGCCAACAAACUGAGGAGAAUGGAGGAGUGAACGCAGAGCUGAACGGUGUAGGAGGAGGAGACGGAGGGUCUAUAGCCAAGCCUGAAUACGAGACUCUGAUGGCCAAGUUUCACUUUGUGGACUUGGCUGGAUCAGAGAGACUGAAACGCACCGGAGCGACAGGAGAGAGGGCACGCGAGGGCAUAUCCAUCAACUGUGGACUGCUGGCCUUGGGGAAUGUGAUCAGUGCUCUGGGGGACCAGGCUAAGAAAGGAGGCCAUGUUCCAUACAGAGACUCUAAACUCACACGUCUUCUACAGGACUCACUGGGAGGAAACAGUCGUACGGUGAUGAUCGCGUGUGUGAGUCCAUCUGACCGGGACUUCAUGGAGACCCUGAACACACUGAAGUAUGCUAAUAGAGCCAGGAACAUCAAGAACAAGGUGAUGGUGAACCAGGACAAGACCAGUCAGCAGAUAUCUGCUCUCAGGGCUGAGAUCGCCAGGCUACAGAUGGAACUGAUGGAGUAUAAAGGGGGUAAGCGUGUGAUGGGUGAGGAUGGCUUGGAGGGCUUCAGUGAUCUGUUCCAGGAAAACUCUAUGUUACAGAGAGAAAACGACACGCAACGCAUGAGAGUCAAAGCUAUGCAGGAGACCAUCGACCACCUCAACACACGCGUCACCACACUCCUCGCCAACAACGUCAGCACGCUCCUCGCCAAGUCAGGUGAGGGCAACGAGGAGAUUGGUGCUCUGAUCCAGAACUAUAUCAGAGAGGUUGAGGAGCUCAGAUCCAAGCUCCUGGAGAGCGAGGCAAUGAACGAGUGUCUUCGUCGCAGUGUGACUCGUCUCUCUUCCCGCUCGCCGUUCCCUUCCUCCUCCCAUAGCUCCACCCCCGGGCCACACCCCUUAGGCUCCUCUCCCCAUUCCCUGUCAAUGGAGGCGGAGAUGACGGACGUGAUUCGCCGAGCCAAGAUGGACAUUGAGAGGCUGAAGAAGAAGGAGAGGAGACAGAGCAGGAUGAGGUGAGAGGACGAGAAUAGGGAAGGGAGAGGAGAAGAGAAGAGACUACUUUCCGAUGAAAAGUUUAAAAAAGAGGAGCGGGGACAAAGUGAGAGAGAGAACGGACAGAUGGACUCUGAAGAGAACUACACAGAGGACGGGAUGUCCCCUCUGCAGGAGGAGGAGAGUGGGUGUGAUGAGGAGGAGGAGAGGGAUGAAGAUGAGUUUGACAGUGAUGAGAGUCUGGUGGACUCAGACUCUGACUCUGAUGAGAAAGCUAACUUCCAGGUGGAUCUGGCAGACCUGACAUGUGAGAUUGAGAUCAAGCAGAAGUUGAUCGAUGAGCUGGAGAACAGUCAGAAGAGACUGCUGCAGCUCAAACUACAGUAUGAAGAGAAACUCAUCCUGCUGCAGAACAAGAUCAGAGACACACAGCUGGAGAGAGACAGAGUACUACACAACCUCAUGUCCAUGGAGAACUACACGGAGGAGAAGGCUAGCAGGAUCAAGUCAGAUUAUGAGAAGAGGCUAAAGGAGAUGAACAGAGACCUGAUGAAGCUACAGGCGGCUCAGAAGGAACACGCGAGGCUACUGAAGAACCAGGGACGCUAUGAACGAGAGCUGAAUAAUCUAGAGCAGGAGGUCAACGAGAUGAAGAAAGCUAAGGUGGCGCUGAUGAAGCAGAUGAAGGAGGAGCAGCUGAGGAGGAGGAUGGUGGAAGCCAAGAGGAACAGAGAGAUCGCUCAGCUCAAGAAGGAGCAGCGAAGACAGGAGUACCAGAUUAGGUCGUUGGAGAGUCAGAAGUGUCAGCAGGAGCUUGUCUUACGUAGAAAGACUCAGGAGGUGACAGCGUUACGACGGCUGGCUAAACCCCUGUCUGGACGCAUGGCUAGACGUCUACAGCCCCCAGACUCUGGAGCUGAACUGUCUCCCAGCACCACCUCCUCUGAACCAGAGUCCAACAGGUCCACAGCUGUGAAAAAUGGAACCGGAAAAGGGGUUCUGAGGGGUAGUAGCAGUUUCACUAAGGCGGCCCGUCAGAAGUGGCAAACACUGGACAGGAGGAUCCUGGACAUCGUCAUGCAGAGGAUGACCAUCACCAACGUAGAGGCCGACAUGGACCGACUCAUCAAGAAGCGUGAGGAGCUGUCCUUGCAGCAGGAGGCACUGUUGCGUAAGAGGGGGGUGCUAAUGGCGGAGGGGGAGGGGCCUGACACAGAGGACCGCCUUGUCCAGGAAAUGAACGAGGACAUUGAGGUUCUGAACGCAAACAUUGACUAUAUCAACGACAGCCUAUCAGACUGCCAAGCUACCUUCAUACAGAUAGAGGAAACCAAGGAGGAGCUGGACUCAGUGGACACCUCAGUGGUCAUCAGCUCCUGCUCUCUGGCUGAGGCCCGGCACCUGCUGGACCACUUCCUCAAGGCCUCCAUUGACAAGGGGUUACAGGUGGCUCAGAAGGAGUCUCAGAUCCGUCUGUUGGAGGGUCAGCUGAGACAGACAGACGUGAUUGGCUCUGCCCACAAUCACAUCAUCUUGGAUGCUCUGAGAGAGAAGGCUGAGUGUAUCCCUGAGCUGCAGGCACUCAUCCACAACGUACAGCAGGAGAAUGGUUAUGUCAGCACUGAUGAGGAGCCGUCAGAAUUUAGCCAGGCCUCGGAUGGCAGUGUGUGUCAGAUGAAGUCUUCAGCCAGUCAGGAUGACUUCAAGAUGAAGACGGAGCCUCGUCUGUCAGCCCAGAUGAAGGCGGUAUCAGCUGAGUACCUGUGUCCCGUGUUAGACCCCUCUACUAAGAACAUUACUAAGUCCCUGGCCUCCCUGACAGACAUCCUGGAGAGCAGGACCAGUAUGAGCGGCCUGAGCCUCACCCUCCCUCUCUUCAGAGACCGGAUGUCCAGGACCAUCAACCUGCCCGUCAGGGGGCACACCUUUCCCAGACAGUCUCAAGGUGAUGACACCUCCCCUCUAACAAGGAGGAAGUCUUAUUACCGAGGCCAGGCUUCCAGAAAUGCUGAUGGGUUCACUCCCCCCUCCUCCCCCCCUCUUAGAACCCGGAACGACCGCAAUGUCUUCUCAAGGCUCACCAGCAACCAGAGUCAGGGCUCUGCACUGGACAAGUCAGAUGACAGCGACUCCUUUCAUUCUGAGGUUCUCAGGGGUGUGAUCAGUCCCACGGGGGGUGUGAAGGGAGGGCGGACUGCGCCCCUCCAGUGUUCUGCCGUGGCAGAGGGACACUCUAAACCUGUCCUCUGUGUGGACGCUACAGAUGAACUGCUCUUUACGGGAUCUAAGGACCAGACGUGUAAGAUGUGGAACCUGGUGACGGGACAGGAGAUCGUCACGUUGAAAGGCCAUCCCAACAAUGUGGUGUCAGUCAAGUACUGUUCCUCCUCCUGCCUCGUCUUCUCAGUCUCCACCUCAUACAUCAAGGUCUGGGACAUACGAGACUCCGCCAAGUGUGUCCGCACCCUCACGUCUUCAGGCCAGGUGAUAUCGGGGGAUGCGUGUGCUGGCACCACCACCCGUACCAUCACGGUGGCACAGGGUGAAUACCAGAUGAAUCAGAUCGCCCUCAACCCCUCUGGUUCUGUCCUCUAUGCUGCCGCUGGCAACACUGUACGCACCUGGGACCUCACCAGGAUGACGGCGUUAGGGAAGCUGACAGGGCACAUAGGUUCAGUGAUGUGUCUGACUGUAGGUCAGUCUGUACAGGGCAGAGACCAGGUGGUCACCGGCUCCAAGGACCACUACGUCAAGGUGUUUGAUGUGGCAGAGGGCAUGCUGGGUAAUGUAGGCCCAUCCCAUAACUUUGAGCCUCCUCACUACGACGGGAUCGAGUGUCUGGCCAUCCAGGGAGACGUGUUGUUCAGCGCGUCACGAGACAACGGCAUCAAGAAGUGGGACCUGGAGCAACAAGAACUCACACAGCAAAUCCCUAAUGCCCAUAAGGACUGGGUGUGUGCACUGGCCUAUGUUCCAGGACGGCCCAUGCUGCUGAGUGCAUGUCGGGGGGGCAUGCUGAAGGUGUGGAACGUUGACAACUUCACCCCCAUAGGAGAGGUCAGGGGUCACGAGAGCCCUAUCAACGCCAUCUGCACCAACUCACGACACAUCUUCACCGCUUCCAGUGACUGCAGGGUGAAGUUAUGGAGCUAUGUCCCGGGUUUGACCCCCAACUGUCUUCCUCCCGUACGGGUUCUGGCCAUCAAACAACGCGCUACCAGCCUCCCGUGA